UAUACUCUUUAGCCAAAAAAAAUGUUAUAAAGAUAUUAAGGAUAAAUAAAAAAAAAAGUUUGUAUUAUUGAUGCAUUUGAAUCUAAGCAAUCGAAAAUAAACAACGACAAAAUUAGUACUGACAUUUGUCAAGGAGAUUUUCAAUAUCCAAAUUCUCGAUGUGAGGUAUGCAAUUGUGAUGGUAGUAAUAUGGGCUACUUUGCCCCGACUUUCUUGGCGUUUAUUCUAAAUUCGUGUGGAAUCUACAUUUUCCACGAAUCAACAAAACCUGGAUGCGAGCCGCUCGUUUCAUGUCUGAUAUUUCUCGUUGCCGUAUUUCUGCUACUAUGGGAUAUGCGAUUAUUUCCCUCAUCGCUCAGAAAGCUGUGGCGUUGCGGAGCGUACUUCUUCCAAUUUAUCAUAUCGGCUUUCUUAAUGGAACACAUAAUGAAUGAUUUCUGGUUCCCGUUGGAAGCGAGCAUGUUUGCAUUCUUUCCAAAAAUCGCCCAAUUCGAAGACGAUAUCCUCAAACAGAGUGGAUGGACUUCCUCCGGUGUUCUACAAAUAUUGAAGUGCGAUCUGGCCAACGUAGUUGCAAGCUACGCACUAUCAUUGUUUUUCUUCUUCGGAGUGUUGCAUGCGACCAGAGUUAUCGAUUUCAGACUUCUAAAGUGCGGCUAUUCAGUAUUUCUUGAUGACGUCCGGUACAGAAGCAAGAAACUUCUUAAAAGGGUUAAGAGGUUGGCGUUGAGGAGGCAUGUUAAAUUCGAGAAAGGUCACUGCAGGGAACGCGAUCCUUUUUCUGUUAAAAACUACGAGGCCUUUGAAGAACCAGACUACACGGAGUGUUGUGUAAAUAGAAAAAGGAGACCAAGAUAUUAAUUUGUAGUGUUUUAGUGAA